AAAACCUUCAAAACCGCAAUGUAAAAGCGAGUCGUUUCCCAAUUUACACACACUCACACACUAAAGAAAACUGAGAAUUGAGGAACUAAAGACAGUAUAGUGAAAGGUGAAAAGAACAAGAGUCAAGAAGAAGUCAAGCUGAGCCCCCUUUUUCCGUACUCACUUUUGCCGCCACUUUCGGCCCUUCCGACUUGAUCAUCGCGGCCAUGGACGACGGCGGAGGCGGUGGCGAUUCCUGGAGUUUGAACGGCACCACCACCACCAUCACUCAACCUACAAGUUUUAGCUACGGCGCCACCUGUGAGGCAUCGGUGAUCACCCAGGAGUUGUCUAUGCUCUCGCUUCCUGAGAAUGGGGAGUCAUUUGGUCAAGUUCCGAAGAAGACAGAGAAAGACCCCAGAAUAAUUGCUCGAAGGUAUCAGACUGAACUUUGUAAGAAAGCCACGGAGGAGAAUGUUAUUGUGUGCCUAGGAACAGGUUGUGGGAAGACUCAUAUUGCUGUAUUGCUAAUCUUUGAGAUGGCUUCCUUCAUACGAAAGCCACAGAAAAACAUUUGCAUCUUUCUUGCUCCUACAGUGGCUUUGGUUCAGCAGCAAGCUAAAGUCAUUGAGGACUCCUUGGAUUUCAAAGUUGGAGUCUACUGUGGGAAUGCAAAGCGCCCGACGAGCCAUCAUGAUUGGGAAAAAGAGAUGGAGGACCAUGAGAUUCUUGUUAUGACACCACAGAUUCUGUUACAUAAUCUUAACCACAGUUUUAUCAAGAUAGAGCUUAUUGCGCUGCUUAUAUUUGAUGAAUGUCAUUAUGCCCAGCCUGGGAGCAAUCACCCUUAUUCUGAAAUUAUGAAGGUCUUCUACAAAUGCAAUCUAGUCAAACUUCCCCGUAUAUUUGGCAUGACUGCAUCUCCAAUACUGGGGAAAGGUGCAUCCCUUGUUGGUCUCGAGACAUUAUUACGUGCUAAGGUUUAUUCUGUGGAAGAGUUAGAGCUUCAACAUUUUGUUGCUUCGCCAAAGCUUCAUGUGUAUUAUUAUAAUCCAGUUAUGAAUGGUUCUUCUGCUUAUGCAAUUUGCCACAAGAAACUUGAAAAGAUUAAGCAUGAGUCUGUGUCUGCUCUUCCUCGAAACAUUGGUGACCAUGAUACUCUUCGAAGUACUAAGAAGAUGCUUCAAAGGCUGCAUGGCAACAUCCUCUUUUGUAUGGAACAUGUAGGUCUGUGGGGAGCUUUACAGGCAAGCCGUAUCUUUUUGAAGGGUGAUCAAUAUGAGGGGGACGAGUUGUCGGAGGUAGAAGAAAAUGCUGAUUGCUCCAUAUGUGACCAAUAUCUAACUCAAGCUAAAUCUAUCCUUGCUUCUGCUUGUAGAGAAGAUGGUAAUGAACCCGACUUAUCCCUGGUGGAGGUCCUGAAGGAGCCUUUUUUCUCUAGCAAGCUUUUACGGCUGAUUGGAAUUCUUCGCGACUUCAGGUUACAACCAAAUCUGAAAUGCAUAGUCUUCGUCAACAGGAUUGUGACUGCAAGGACCUUAUCAUACAUACUUAAAAAUCUUAAAUUUCUUUCUUCCUGGAAGUGUGAUUAUCUUUUAGGGGUACACUCUGGCCUGAAAAGUAGGUCCCGGAAAAACACAAAUGUCAUUCUUGAGAAGUUCAGAUCCAGUGAGCUGAACUUGUUAAUCGCGACUAAGGUGGGUGAAGAGGGACUUGAUAUUCAGACGUGCUGCCUCGUAAUACGGUUUGAUCUUCCAGAAACUGUGGCUAGUUUUAUACAGUCUCGAGGCCGUGCUAGGAUGCCACAGUCUGAAUAUGCAUUUUUGGUUAAUAGGUGCUCUCUUGAAGCAAAUCUACCUGGCCUUAUCUGGAGUUUAAAUUGUUUCCUCACAGUAGGCAUUUUCAUUUUUUUUUUUUGUUGCAGUUACAGUGAAAAUGAGAGAAACUUGAUCAAACAUUUUAGGAACGAUGAAUCUAAGAUAAACACUGAAAUUUCAUCAAGGAAAUCUCAAUUUACUAUGAUUGAUUUUGAAGAGAAAACCUACCAAGUGGAUUCAACUGGGGCCACAAUCAGUUCAGCGUCUAGUGUAUCUCUGCUUCAUCGCUAUUGUUCAAAGCUUUGGCAUGAUGAAUAUUUCUACCCAAAACCCCAGUUCUUUUACAUGGAUGAUAAAGAGGGCAUGAUCUGCCACAUAGUUCUCCCAUCAAAUGCUCCAUUCCGGGAGAUAGUGAGUGACCCGCAGCCUUCAUUUGAAGUGGCUAAAAAGGAUGCCUGUUUGAAAGCAUGCAAGGCUUUACAUGAAGUCGGAGCCCUAACUGAUCAUCUUUUGCCAGAAGAAUAUAAUGAAUGUGAUGAAGUAGAUGAUGAUUUCUCUGAUUUAGAGAUCUUUGAUGAUGAUGAUUCACGUAAAGAACUCCAUGAGAUGCUUAUCCCUGCUGCCUUUAGAGAAAAGUGGAAUGCGUUGGACAAUUGUGUUUCCCUUCGUGUUUACCAUUUUAAAUUCUGUCCGAAUCCAGUGGACAGGGUUUAUAAAAAUUUUGCACUUUUUGUGAAAGCAUCUCUACCGGAAGAGGCUGAGAAAAUGAAACUUGAUCUUCAUUUGGACCGUGGUAGAUCUGUUUCCACCGAGCUUGUUCCUUCUGGAGUAGUAGAUUUUGAAAAAGAUGAGCUGGUGGAAGCUGAAAAAUUCCAGAGAAUGUUUCUUAAGAUCAUCCUAGAUCGGGCUGAAUUGAGUGCGAACUUCGUGUCGUUGGAAGACAAAGUCACAUGCAACUCAUUCUCAUCAACCUCAUAUUUGCUACUUCCUGUCCUCUUUAACGAAAAGAACAAGAUUUCUGUUGACUGGAAAGUGGUUAGGAGAUGUCUAUUGUCACCAAUUUUUCGGGCUCCUGAAUGUGCAGAAGAUCCUGAAGUUUCUCAGUUCAAACGACAGUUGCAGCUCGCGAAUGGAAUCAAGAGUGAAGAGGAUGUUUUGAACAGUUUGGUGUAUGUCCCGUGCAGGGACACAUUCUUUUUUGUUUCUGACAUUGUGUUUGACAAAAAUGGAUACAGUUUAAUCAAGGAUGUGAAGAAUCAUGUACAGCACUAUCUUGAUAAGUUUAACAUUAGUCUUAAGUUUCCUCAUCAACCACUUUUGAAAGCAAAACAACUAUUUUGUCUGGACAACUUGCUACGGAAGAAAGGGUACUCAGAGCAACGUGAAAAAGAGGAACACAUGAUAGAAUUGCCUCCAGAGAUUUGCCAGUUGAAGGUGGUUGGGUUUUCUAAGGAUAUCGGGAGUUCCUUGUCUUUGUUGCCUUCAAUUAUGCAUCGUCUAGAAGGCCUGCUUGUUGCAACUGAGCUUAAGAACAAAUUAUCUGCAUCAUUUCCAGAAGGAGCAGAGAUAACGGUUGAUCAUGUUCUUGAAGCCCUUACGACAGAGAAAUGUAAUGAGCACUUUUCUCUUGAAAGAUUUGAGGUGCUUGGUGAUGCAUUCCUCAAGUUUGCAGUUGCGAGGCAUCUGUUUCUUUUACAUGAUUCCCUAGAUGAAGGACAGCUGACUAGAAAGCGAUCUAAGAUGGUCAAUAAUUCAAAUUUACUUUAUCUGGCUACGAAAAAGAAUCUGCAGGUAUAUAUACGUGAUCAGUCAUUUGAACCUAAAGAUUUCUUUGCACUGGGCCGUCCUUGUCCUGUAAUUUGUAGCAAGGAAACAGAAAAGGAAAUACACUCUGUACAUGGAAGUAAAGCAAAUGGUGAAAAUGCUGAAGUUAGAUGCAGCAGAUGCCAUCACUGGUUGCAUAAGAAAACCAUUGCAGAUGUGCUCGAGUCGCUUGUAGGUGCAUUUCUUGUAGAUUCUGGCUUCAAAGGAGCAACUGCAUUCCUCAAGUGGAUUGGUAUCGAAAUUGAUUGCGAAGAUUCACGAUGUUGUAACAUUUGCUCCUCUAGCUCAAUUUUUCUUCCAUUGGCAAAUCACGAAAAAAUGGAUUUAUCCGCUCUUGAGAGUCUGUUAGACUAUCAGUUUACACAUAAAGGUUUACUUAUUCAAGCAUUUAUCCACCCUUCCUAUAACAACCACUCUGGAGGCUGCUACCAGAGACUUGAAUUCCUUGGAGAUGCCGUCUUGGAUUAUCUGAUUACAUCUUAUCUAUUCUCCGUGUAUCCCAAAUUGAAGCCUGGUCAAUUGACGGAUUUGAGAUCAGCGUCUGUAAACAAUACAUCUAUUGCUGAAAUUGCAAUUCGUUACUCCUUUCACAAGUUCAUUAUUUGUGAUUCUAGUGAACUGUCCAAGGCAAUUGAGAAAUAUGUCAGGUUCACGCAAACUGCAGAAAAAGGAGAGGCUGAUGAUCCAACUUGUCCAAAGGCCCUGGGUGACUUGGUUGAGUCUUGCAUGGGUGCCAUUCUUCUGGACUCGGGAUUCAAUCUAGAGCGUGUCUGGAGGAUAAUGCUCUCUUUUUUAAACCCAAACAUGAGUUUCUCUAAGCUUUGGAUUAAUCCGGUUAGAGAUCUUCGGGAACUUUGUCAGUGUCAUAAUCUGGAUCUGCAAUUUUCAUCUUCGAAGAGGAAUGGAAGAUUUUCUGUUCAAGCAAAAGUGAAGUUAGGAGAUAAUUAUGUUCAAGACAGUGCUGUUCAUGUCAGCAAGAAGUCUGCUCAAAGAAUGGCUUCAAAACUACUAUAUUCACAAUUGAAGGAUCAAGGUCUUAGAUCCAAGUCUAAAUCAUUGGAAGAAGUGCUAAAAGAAACCAAAAAAAUGACGGCACAAUUGAUUGGAUAUGAUGAGGUGCCUUGGGAUGUUACAGCUAAACUUCAAGACUUGAAGUUGCAGGAUGUUAAGGGAACUGAUUUUGACAGAAAAGUGCAUCCCCUCAAUGAAGUCAACCGAAACAAUGGUGAUGAUAGUCACAAGCUCAUAAGGCGGAGGGAUAUCGGGGUGACUAAAAAUCAAGUCCGCCACGUUAUUACUCAGGGAAAAGGUAUCUGUAGUUUGUCUUAUGUUUCCUCAAUUAGAAAUUGUAGUUUUCUCACUUGAACGUGAUGACAGUUGGAUUGCAUAAUGGAACCCCUAAAUCGCGGCUGUACGAGUUCUGUGCCACCAACUACUGGAAACCACCUACAUUCGAAUGCUGCAAGGAAACUGGAGAGAGCCACUUGAGGCAAUUCACGUUCAAGGCGGUCGUGCAAAUUGGAGAUGGGCAGAAUCAAGUGGUGGAAUGUUACGGGGGAAGCAAAGGAAAGAAAAAGGAAGCAGAGCAAGAUGCAGCUGAAGGUGUGCUGUGGUACCUGGAACGUGAAGGUUAUUUAGGGCAACAGAAAUGAGGUUCGAGAAAAGCGGGUGCUACUGCUAAGUACUAAUUUAAUUCUCUGAAACUGGUUAUUCUCUCGGUAAUAUGUAUAUUCUUGUAUGAUAGUAUUUUGGUAGCAGCCUCAUAUGAUCUCAUAUGCUAUGGUAUAUGUGAUGUAGUAGAAAUCGGGUUCAAUAGUUGGAAGCCCCCUCUGACGUAAAUGUCAUCUUUUGAGGACUGUUAAUGUUUCCUCUUACGGUCUGGGGAGGAGACAGCGGGUGAAAAAAAAAAAAAAAAACCCAUCUUUAAGAUCUAGUAGUUGUACCAUACUGAUGAUGAUUGGGAACUGUUGUUAACGUAAAACGAGCAUUAUUUUGACUGGAAGUGAAAUGCUGGUCUAGCACUGUUAUUUUAUGGAGUUAAUAAUAUGCUAUGAUCUUUCAAAAUUGUUGAGGAAGCAUAUUGGGAGGUGUAAGUUGGAUGCAUGACAGGUUAACAAAAGUGGGGUUUUUUUUUUUUUGGACUGGAUGGAAUCAACAACAUCAGUUAUGUUAUUAUUAUAAUAAUUAUCUCUCAGUGGAACGGGGUGGACUGGAUGGAAUCAGCA